AUGGAAGUUUCAGUUGUGGAAUCAAGCAUGAGGAAGCGAGAAACAGAAGUAACCGGCGAAGGCAGUGGGAGGAGAGAUGUUAGGUCCGUGAAGAAGGAGGAAAAGCAGAAGAAUAAAGGCGUAGCUGACUCCGUUCAAAUCGAAGAGCCACUACCGACUCAGGAAGAAGAACAGGGAAUUUCUGAUCGGAGGAUUCUCAGAUCUCAGUAUCUCGCUCUAAUCAACAAAAUCAGUGAUUCUAAAGAUGAUUUGACAAGUGUUGAUUCUGACAAAUUCUCCAGAAUUUUCAGUGAAUUUGAGAACCUGCAUCAGAGAGUUCAGAAGCCAAGAGAGCAAGUUGCAGAUGCAGAGGCGUUUCUUGAUAUAGCAAACACCAUUAUGUCUUCUGUCAAGUCUCACUCUGCUAAUGGGGUUUCUCCGGCUGAGUUUGUUAAUGCUUUAGUCAAUGGGUUUGGUCAGGCUUCUUUACGGAUUGAUGAGACUUCUCCUGUAUCUAUAAAAUGGAAGGAUCUUGGCCUUGCUGUCUGCUCUACAGUUUUUAUAUCAUGUGGUUGUUCCACAAUGUUGGGACCUUUGGACACUGAACUGAAGGAAAGGAAAAGGGCAGUCUACAGAAAACGUACAAAGCCUGGUGAAGGCGAACGUCCAGAGGAGGUAGAUGAUACACAGUCAGAAGAGAAAACUGAUACAGACAAGAAUAUGGCGGUAAUGUUCAACAUUUUACGGCAAAAGAAGCGCGUGAGGCUUGAAAACUUUGUGCUCAACAGAAGAUCAUUUGCGCAGACUGUAGAGAAUCUGUUCGCUCUAUCUUUCUUGGCCAAAGACGGACGAGUAGAGAUCAUUGUUGAUAAGAAUGGUUCUCAUUUUGCCUUGCCGAGAAACGCACCCGCUGCAAACCUGGUGAUGUCAGGGGAAGUCAUCUAUAACCAUUUUGUGUUUAGACUAGAUUUCAUAGACUGGAAGCUGAUGUCUCAACUGGUGCCGAUGGGAGAAGAGCUAAUGCCACACAGAGAAACUGCAACCGCUUCAUCGUCUUGUCCCUCUGCAUCAGCAGACUUCUCAAAAGAUUCUCAGACAACGCCAAUAAGAAAACUUUCGAGAAACCGAGGUUUUGUUGUUCAAGAAGACACUGUUGUUGAAGAUUCUCCUGACAUUGAGAGCGUUGGAACUCGAAAGAGAUUUAAGCGGAGACUCGCUUGA